CUCUCCAAUGACAGAUUUUCGACGGAUUUAAAUCUCCUGUAUUUAUUUAUUUUAACAUAGGGCCUAUCAAUUAAGGCCGAGCACAUUCAACUCCCUCAAGAAUAUAACCCCCUGAUUUCAGUCACUUUUCUCACAAAUCUGUUUUCUUAUGAAAGAACGUUUUAAGGAAAAAAUUACAUCCAGCUAUUAAUUUGCACGGCUGCAUGACUCCUCCCGUUCAUAACUACUGACGAUGUUUAAUGUGCCGUCAGCAUUUCCCAUCAUACCGUAACUAUUUUGCUAUGUUUUUUGGGGACACCACGGCUGCAGGACUCCUCCAGUCCGUUACUAUCUUAGCCCAAUAUGGCCGAUCGCUCCAGCCGGGCCUCAGAAGGGGCGGAUCUGCCCAAGCCCACAGCAGUCCACUCCCGGGAAAAAGAGGCGAGGUUACUUCGCCAUUACUGUCUCAAAUCAGCGCUGUACCUCUCCCCUGUAGACAUCUGGGGAAGGCGGUUAAUACACACGAAAAAGUUUCUGAAGCAGUUUGUGAAAGGGGAUGCUGGGGGUUGCAGACAUGACGGGCAGCAACAUGGCAAAUGCCCUGGCAAAUGCCACCUGUGAGCGCUGCAAGAGUGGCUUCGCCCCAGCGGAGAAGAUAGUGAACAGCAAUGGGGAGCUGUACCACGAGCAGUGCUUCGUAUGCGCUCAGUGCUUCCAGCAGUUCCCUGAGGGGCUCUUCUACGAGUUCGAAGGUAGGAAAUACUGUGAGCAUGACUUCCAGAUGCUGUUUGCCCCGUGCUGCCACCAGUGUGGCGAGUUCAUCAUCGGCCGUGUCAUCAAGGCCAUGAACAACAGCUGGCACCCGGACUGCUUCUGCUGUGACAUCUGCCAGGCUGUGCUGGCUGACGUGGGCUUCGUCAAGAAUGCCGGCCGGCACCUGUGCCGUCCGUGUCACAACCGUGAGAAGGCACGGGGGCUGGGCAAGUACAUCUGCCAGAAAUGCCACGCCAUCAUCGACGAGCAGCCGCUCAUCUUCAAGAAUGACCCCUACCACCCCGACCACUUCAGCUGCACCAACUGCGGCAAGGAGCUGACAGCAGAUGCCCGCGAGCUCAAGGGGGAGCUGUACUGCCUGCCGUGCCAUGACAAGAUGGGCGUGCCCAUCUGUGGGGCCUGCAGGAGGCCCAUUGAGGGCCGUGUGGUCAACGCCAUGGGCAAGCAGUGGCACGUGGAGCAUUUUGUGUGCGCCAAGUGCGAGAAACCCUUCUUGGGGCAUCGUCACUACGAAAGGAAGGGCCUGGCCUACUGUGAGACUCACUACAACCAGCUCUUUGGAGAUGUAUGCUACCACUGCAACCGCGUCAUUGAGGGCGACGUGGUGUCCGCGCUGAACAAGGCCUGGUGUGUCAACUGCUUCGCCUGUUCAACCUGCAACACCAAGCUCACGUUGAAGGACAAGUUCGUGGAGGUGGACCUUAAGCCGGUGUGCAAGCACUGCUACGAGCGGAUGCCCGAGGAGCUGAAGCGCAGGCUGGCCCGGCGAGAGCGUGACUCCAGGGAGAGGAGAAAGAAAGCGGCUGUGUGCUUAUAAAGCUCCCUUCUUCCCUCUCCUUCACUGCGCUUUCAGUCUUUUACUGCUGGAACAAGUUUGUGGAGUUCGACAUGAAGCCGGUGUGCAAGAAGUGCUACGAGAAGUUUCCCCUGGAGCUGAAGAAGCGGCUGAAGAAGCUGGCGGAGACAGUGGGCCGCAAAUAGGGACGUGGCCUUCGAGAGCUCCUCCCCAAGCUGGAGCAUCCCUGUGGCAUUUUACCGCAGAGAAUUCAAAUGUUUGCUUAGGUAAAAUGUUAAAGGUUAAAAUGUAAGAAGUCUGUAAAAGUCUGCACUAAAAAAAAAACCAUACUAACACCAUUUUUUUUCCUUAUUACAGUGUAUCAUAAAUGUUGCUAUAAGAUUUUAAAUUGCGGACCAUGUUUUCAUUGUAUGAUUCCACGUUGGCACCCGUCCUUUUCAUUAAUAUGUUGAUGGUAUUAUCUUUGAGAACGGUGUGGCAUAUUGAAGGUGUUUUGAACCUGAAACAUGGAUCAGCUCCUAUACUGUAUCUCCACACCGCUCAGCAUAUUUUGUGCAUGUUUUGUAUUUAAAUACCCCCACCCCCGCAUUGUGCCUUAUCUAUCUAAAGCAAGUUGAUUAUUGAUAUAUAUUCAGUAUGCUGUCUUAAUGCAAUUAUUAUGAACAGGAUUUUGACAAGCACGAAGAACAGAAUUCCAUAUUGUUCCCACUGUCGUUCUCAUUGCUCAUCUUGAGUGAAAACCAGAACACACAGUAACCCUCAUGGACCAGAGCCACACACCCGCAGUGGUGCUGAUUCUGGCUAAUUGAGCAGAGCUUGAGAGCAUUACGUCAGUGGGUAGGGCAGUCUGUUCUUCACAUGGUGCCCUUCUUUGUGACUCAAAUCUUUCUUCAAACAAAACAGCAGCUUUGAUUAAUUUAUACUCUGAAGGUAUUGAUCUAAAAAGGAUGUUUUAAAAUGAUUCCUUUUAAAAGAUGACAUUUAACUGUCAUGUCUUGGGACCCUUGUAAUCUGUCCUGAACUUUUUCAUAUGUGGGUAUAUUUGUCACAGAUUUUGUUGUAUUUAAAUCAAUCAAGGUUGCUUUUUGAAGAGUUCUUUUUAGAAUUUUGUAUAAAGUAUGUUACGCAAAUAAUUCUGCACAUUCCACAACCAUAGUUAGAAAUGUCUUUACAAAAAUUGUGCAAAAUGCACAGACUAAACAAAUAUUUACUAAUUGAUGCAAGUGUUGAAAGAUAUAUGCAGCUAUUUAAUGUCCUGCAUGUUUGCAGCUCUUAAUGCCACUGGAUGUUCCUGUAUUUCCUGUUGUCUUAAUUCCACACUGCACUCCUCACUAUUUUCCCUCUGCUUCUGUUGUCCAGCUUUGCUGUUCCAAUAAAGAAACAUUUCCAUUUCUACAUA